CUGUCAUAAGCGGUGAGGUAGCAGACAGAAGAAGGUCGUGCAAUGCCUGAAACAUAAAAGGCUGCACAGAUCGGGAUUAUUUAUGAAUGAAGAUGGUUUGGAACUACUGCAAUCCAGGAGAGAAGCGCCCCCCCUUUGUUGCAGCUCAAAACAGACUGCUUCAAAACAUGGAGUAUACUAAACUACGUUGGUUGCUAACAAUCGGUGGACUAGUCUUUUACAUUGUGGACAUCGGGACAGAUGUGGCACUCGCUCUGAAGUACUACGUGCUGGACGGGCGUUAUAUAUUAUCAGCACUCACUUUGGGGUUUGUUCUGGUUGGGAUGCUCGUGACUCAGAUUUUCAGCUACGCCUGGUACAAGGAUGAUAUCAAUGAUGUGUUCAUAAACCCGCAAGGAAUAUCGACAAUAUCAGGAAUAUCCAAAAACGGGAUUGCUGUCUUCCAUGUCUGUGGAGCGGGUAUUUUUACCAGGUACUACCACCUUCUCAAAAAUGGAUUCCGUGUGGUUUGGACGGAUUCCAAAGAGGAAUCGACAACGGAGGUACACCAUCGUCUGUUUUGCCAAGCCACCGACCUCAGCAUGCUCAAACUGUUUGAGGCUUUUUUGGAGAGCGCCCCCCAACUCCUACUCCAGAUCCACAUAGCGCUGCACCAAUGCGACGUCUCCAUCAUGCAGUAUUUGUCUAUGGUCCUAUCCUGUUUUAACAUCUCCUGGGCCCUGGUGGACUAUCGGCGCUGCCUGCGAAGGUCCCUCCCUCAGGUCAGGGAGAUGCCCUCCGGACUCCCCACCGCGAUUUACCUGCUCUACAAGCUCUGCACCAUCAGCAGCCACGUCCUCAGCUACAGCCUCCUCCUGAUGCUCAGCCCUUACAGCGUGAUCGCCUUGGCCGUUUUAUGGCUGCUUGGGACUACGUGGUCACACCUGCUUCAAACCAACUUCUGCUCAAGCAGAAGUCUUGAGGUGCUGUACCGGGCCGUGGUAGGGUUCAUCCUCAUGUUCACCUUCUUUAACGUGAAAGGUCAGAGCACCAGAGCAUCCAUGAUAGUCUAUUACUUUUUGUACUCUCUUAUCAAUAUGACAACACCGAUACUAUUGGUUUUGUUGAUACCUGAGCUGCAGACGGCCAUGUUCUUUCUCGCCAUCACCGGGGUCAUUUUUGGAGGCUCCUUGCUUGGGUUGGUGUUUUUGCUUUUGUACUACCUCUACCUGCACCCCAGGGAGAAGAAGCGUGAGGCCGACGAGGUGGACGGACUGAAAAAGGAAGCAGAGACGGGGAGGAUAAGACACUUUUUGCAGCCUUGAUGCGCAUUGAGGAACUGUCAUAAAUAUAUAAUAUGUUAGUUAUGUCAUAUGCUGAGGUUUACAGUAUAUUAUUAUGCAUGAUGAUGUGAAGUACAACAUAUA